AACUCAUCGUAUCAAAGAUUAUCCGGUGGAAAUGUUGGAGAAAAACUACACAUUGGAUGAGCUUACUAUCAAGCCUGAAAGCUUAACAGGAUGGAAACGAAGGCACUACUUAACAAGAAAUUUAAAUCAAAACCAGGAAGUAAGGAUAUACAUAACAAAAGGUGACUGGUAUACCGAACAAGACAUGAAAAGGCUCAAAUAUAAGUAUGAUGGAACCUUAGCAAACUGUGACAUACCUUGUGUGUGGAAGAAAGAUAACUGGAUAAACUGGAUAUUUAGAGGGCUCAAAACAGCCGAUGCCCUCUUUUGUGUCAACAGUCCAAAUCUACCAAAACAGAAAGGAUGGGAAGGGCAGAAGUUCAUAGAAUAUAGUUUGGAAAUAAGUUAUAUUCCGGGACCUUUUGAUAUCUUUGUAACGUUUAAGGAAACUUCUGAUGUACCCACAAGUUACAUUCAAAUGGACCCCAACGAAUGGCGAAAAAAACCCCCCUUCAACAUAACAAGCCUUUCCCCAAAUUCAACAUUCAUCUCCUUCGUUGCUUCUCACUUGACAGAAUUCCGUAAAACUUGGAUUCCGACUCUUCAAGCCCACAUUCCCGUUGCGUCUUACGGCACGGUUUACAAAAAUACUCCGUGGGAUUCGGAAUGCAAGGAUUUUUCUUGGUCUAAUUUGAAAAAUUGUGUCAUAUCUAAAUAUCCAUUUUACCUAGCCAUUGAAAACUCCCAAGUACAAGAUUACUCUACUGAAAAACUUUGGGACACGUUUAAUUUAGGAGUCGUGCCUGUUGUAUGGGGAGCACCCAAUACUCGCUCAUACUUACCACAUCCUAAAUCCGCCAUUUUUAUUGAGGAUUUUCCAAAUGUCGAGAGUCUUGCAAAUUACUUGAAGUAUUUGGUUGGAAACGAGACAGCAUAUUUGGAAUAUCAUCAGUGGCGGACCAUGAAGACAUGGCCAGAGGAAUUUGAGAAGAAGGCAUAUAUGAGUAGGGGGAAUAUGGAAUGUAAUGUUUGUCAAGAG